AUGUUUACCCACUCCCAUGCUAUAAGAUCAGGCCUAAGUGGGCGCCUGCGACAAACACAUCAGGAACAUAUUCAAAAUAAUUACAAUGCCCAAUAUAUCAUAGCUGCAGAAUUCGACAACAAAAUCGGACCUAUCUUGAAGCAUCAAUACCCCAAUGCCAUACCAGGCUUUAAAACAAGAACGAGGUUCAAGAACUCCGCGGUUAAUUUAGCUAGCUUGAUGAUCCCAAACAAUGCAGAAAACUUUCCAAACCGCACGGACUUUACAAUUUUCAUUCUUUACAAAAACAAGUACACUAGGAACUACCAAAUUUUCCCAAUUGUCGACACUGUCGCCCCACAUAUGGAUCGACAAGAUCUUGGUGUUUUGAAAGAGGAAGAUAAUUUUUCAGGCGGAGGAAUGUCAAUGGCCGCAGAACAUCUCAAUAACGCCAAAGAGCCCCCAUUAUUUUUUAUUAGUGUCGUCAAUACGAUAAAGGAUAGUACCAAUUCCAGGGGAGCCAUCAUAAAAGCAAUCGCGUUGGGAACUGAUCUGCGAAAUUUUUUGGUCUUCAAACCUCUCCUGGCAAUGACUUUAGAUGCGUACAUGCGAUCCGAUGACGACGUUCAACUCUUGAUCGACUGUUUUGAUAUGAUUAACAGUCUCGACUUGUCGCUUGCUAAAAGGAUAAUGUCAAAUACAUCCCUCCAGACGCUGCUCAGUUCCAUAACCGACGAGAAGGUUUUAGCAGAAAUUUUCGCGCCUCAAAAUCAAAACCUCGCUCGUUUGCUACACCUCAAUAGCCUGCCGCAAGCCGAUUCGUUUGGAAAUUCUGUAAAGUUCAAGCGGCAUCUGAUAGAGUAUCAGUUCAAUAAGUUCAAACCCAAGAGGCUGCCGCCGGCUCUGACAAGGAUCGCGUUACAAAUUAAUGUGGUAAGCUAUGACCCAGUGCUGGUAAACAUUAACUACAAUGAUCACGUCUUGAAAUUUCUUUCCAGAUUUUUAGCCGAGUUAGAAAAGCUACUUCGACCUCAAUUUGCAUGGAAACUGGUAGUUAACUCUACCAAGCUCCCAAAAGAUGUUUUAACGCAGUUCGUUAUGUCUCUAUCGAAUUUGAUACGACAUUUUGACUCCCAUUAUUUCGCAAACGCCCAAGUCAUAAUCUUCCCCUACAUGGAUAUUUCUUUCGUCGAUGCUCUAAAAGAACAGCUCAGAUCCUGCAGAAUGACCCGAACAUUUAGCAUUGUGGGCGUGAGUAACCCUAUUUUCGAGGUGCAAAAAGACGUCUGGGAUUUUUACUAUGAUUUGGAUACCGAAGAACUAAAAACACAUGGCCUAGACACGUCUGUCCUUUCUGUGCAUUCUGAUAACUCUCAGGAAAGUUUGAAAGGCUCGAAAAUAAAAAGUAUCUUCCAGAAGCGUGCUUCCUCCGCCGUCAUCUUACAGAAGCCAAGCUCAAGAUGUAGUCUGACAUCUAAGAUUAUUGAAUACCUGAUUGUUGAGCAUCACGACAAUGAAACAAUUCUCAAUGUAUUCAAAAGAAUCAAUGUCCUACAGAUAUUGAGUUUAAUCACAAAUCUUCACAGUCGGCCGCAGUCCGAGUCUGAGCUCAGCCUGAAAGACGAGUACGUGCUAUCAUACAGAGAUUUCAUCAUAUUCCCCGAAUUCUUUGAGUACAGCUCUCUAAAGUUAGUCCAAUGCUUGAAACGAUUGCAAGAAAACUUGGAUUAUACUAUUUUCGAUGGAAGAAAUCCUUCUGAAAAUUAUGAAUUAAACCCCUUCGAGAGGAUACUGUCGUCCUUAAAAUUUAUUCACAAGUUCAUGACGUCAAACUCCGCUAACGUGGAGAAAUUCAUCAACAUCGGUCUCAGCUUUCCCUUGACCUUAUUUCAAGAUGACGAAAAUGUAGCAACAAAAGACUUUAAUGAGAUCAAUCUGCGAGACACCUUUGACAGUUUGAAAAAUUCAAAUUCCAUGGAAUCAUUAAAUUACCAUCGGACUGGUGUGGUGGACUGUUUUGCAAUGAUCCGGUUUCUCAGACUUUUAUUUCUACCUCUACUUUUGGAUUCAAGAAUUGAAAGCUCUCCAGAAUUAAUGCGCCAAUUUGAUUCACAUAAAUACGGAGACAGGGACUUACAUUCGAAGCGAACCGCUCAGCCUGAGUAUCAAUCGUCUUUCAUUUCGAGUUGGUACAAUGAGGAGAGUCUUUUCCAGGAUGUACCCGCAGAUGAAGUAAGAAGCAGAGCACCAUCUUCGAGCAACGGACAAAGCUACCCAGGUUCUCUCGUGGACUCUGGAUCAACAAUUAACAAAAUAAAGAAAACGAGUAUCGCGAUAAUUCGAAAAAUUCGAAAGCAUCCCAUUGGUGAAUUGCUGGUGAGACACAAACUUAAUCCUGUAUUCAAGUCCGUUUAUGAGACUGUCGGAGAAGAGCGUGCCGUUAAAAAAAGAAGAGGGGACGGAAUCAGAACUAGCAUAAACAAGCAUCAAUCUGCAGUUCAAGAGAGUACCAUUAGUGUGUCUCCGAGCAGGAAGGAGCUUUUGAAGGAUCUCCAAGCGAUUUCUUUGCAGCAAGAAAAUAUUAAGGCCAGACCGGCUUCAGAAGAGAGACCAGCAAGAGCUUCAAUUUUAGAUAUUCUAAACAGGAUUACACUCAGUGACGAUGGAAAUGCACGACAAGAAUAUGGGUAA